CUCCGAGCUCUGCACUUUCUCCGCUCCAGCUGAAGCAGAGAGACGAUCCUCCUCUACGCUCAUCACCAGACAACAAGAUGAUGAACUUCAGGUCCGGUGGAGUCAACAUGGGAGGCAGCAGCAGGUCCAUGUACGGUGGCUCUGGAAGCAAUCACGUCCGAAUCUCCAGCGGCUCCAUGUACUCCAGCAGCGGCGGAGGCGGCUUUGGCUACAGCUACGGUGGUGGAGGUGGCGGGUUCUCCUUCGACGGUGGUGCCGAAAGCAUGGACAUCUCCAGCAACGAGAAGGGCACCAUGCAGAACCUGAACGACCGCCUGGCCACCUACCUGGAGAAGGUCCGGAAGCUGGAGGCGGCCAACGCCGAGCUGGAGCUGAAGAUCAGACAGUUCCUGGACAGCAAGUCCUCGCCGUCGUCCCGAGACUACAGCGCCUACUAUGUCACCAUCGCGGAGCUGCAGGAGAAGAUCCAGGAGGCGACUCGAAUCAACGGUGGCAUCUAUCUGUCCAUCGACAACGCCAAGUUGGCCGCCGACGACUUCAGGCUCAAGUUUGAGAACGAGCUCGCCAUGCGUCAGUCGGUGGAGGCCGACAUCGCCGGGCUGAGGAGACUCCUGGACGAGCUGACUAUGUCCAGAACCGACCUGGAGAUGCAGAUCGAGGGUCUGAGGGAGGAGCUGAUCUUCCUGAAGAAGAACCACGAGGAGGAGCUUCUGUCUAUGGGAUCAUCGAUGAGUGGCCAGGUGAACGUGGAGGUGGACGCUGCCCCACAGCAGGACCUGACCAAGAUCAUGGAUGAGAUCAGGGAGCACUACGAGGCCGUCGCCGUCAAAAACCGCAAAGAGCUGGAGACCUGGUUCCAGUCCAAGAUGGAGUCACUGAACAAAGACAUCGCGGCCAGCACAGAGAGCGUGAACACGUCCAAGUCGGAGCUCACAGACCUCAAGCGGUUGUUGCAAAGCCUGGAGAUCGAGCUGCAGUCGCAGAACAGCAUGAAAGCCGGUCUGGAGGGAACCCUGAACGAGACGCAGAGCCGCUACUCCAUGCAGCUGUCCAUCUACCAGAACCAGGUGACGAUGCUGGAGGAGCAGCUGGUGUCGCUGAACGCCGACAUGGGCCGACAGUCUCAGGAAUAUCAGAUGCUGCUGGACAUCAAGACCAGACUGGAGAUGGAGAUCGCCGAGUACAGGAGGCUGCUGGACGGAGAGGGCGGCGGCGGCGGCGGCGGCGGCGGCGGCGGCGGCGGCGCCAGCUCCUCCUCCAUGUCCAUGUCCAGCUCGUCCUCCUCCACCGCGGUCACCGUCCCAGCCCCGGCCCCGGCGCCGACCUCUACCACCACCAAGAAAUUCAUCACCAUCGAGGAGGUGAUGGUGGACGGGGUCGUGGUGAGCACCAAGGAGACCGUCGUCGAUGCCUAGACAGCACCAACAGGGGGCGCUGUCACUGCCCCCGCACAGGAGUAAAGACGUAAAUAAAAGUCUGCUGAGGUGCUUCAAAAUGAAA